AUGUCUGAACCUAUUCCGGAGGCCAUCCCCACCUCCGCCGACCCCCGUUCCCACCGACCACUCAAACGCGCCCGCGGGGCCUACACAUCCAACCCCAACGUCCGCGCAACUUCGCAGCAGGCUCAUGAACUCGAGUCUCUCUUCCUAGACCCUUCACGCCCAGUCCAGCUACCUCCCGCAUCCAGCGCUGUCAAGAAAUCAUUGCCCGCGCCUCCCGAAAUCGUCGCCAACGUCCAAGGCUCGAGUGCAGGUGCGGGCUCCGGUGAGUUCCACGUGUACAAGGCCAGCAGGCGGAGAGAGUAUGAGAGGUUGCGCGCCAUGGACGAAGAGGCCAAGAAGGAGGAGGAGAACGAGAAGUGGGAACGAGAAGAACGGGAGAGGAGGGAGAAGGACGAGGAGAAGACUCGACGGAAUCGGGAGCGCAGGAAUAAGAGAAAGGGAAAAAAGGAUAAAGAGAAACAGACGGAUGGGGGUGUGAAUGGAGCGAAGGACGCCGUUGAGAAUGGAGAGGCGCAAGGUAUUAAGCGGAAGGCCGGGGGGCUGCAGAUACCACCAAAAGGGAGCCAGGAAGAGGAGCAAGGCUCGGACUUUGGUGUGGCGGAAGUGGUCAAAGAAACUGGGAUCACGAUUCAUGAUGAUGAUUAG